CAUCGUAGGGAGCGGCAUCCUCAUCCCGGCCACCAUCUGCCUCAUGGUCACCGGCCGACACCCAAGUGACGCUGGCGGCCGUGCUCAGCGUGCUCUACGCCUUCAUCAUGAUGGUCACCAUGCUGACCAUCAUCAGCAUUCUGGUGACGGACAACACCGUCUUCUCGCCGCUGGCCAUCUCCUUCGUGACCUUCGUGAUGGUGUACGUGGUGGCGGCGCUGCUCCACCCCCAGGAGGCGCACCUCAUCGUGUACGGCCUGCUCUACAUACUGGCCAUCCCCUCGGCCUACCUGCUGCUCUCCAUCUACUCCAUCGUCAACAUGAACAACAUCUCCUGGGGAACCCGCGAGGGCGAGGGCGCGGCCGCCGCCGGCGCAGCCGUGCCCCCUCCGCCACGCAACAAGAUGGAGUCAGCGAGGAACACCAUGAGGCAGCUCUACCAGCAGGCCAGGUGCUGCCGCUGCCCCUGUCUGAGGGAGUGCUCCGGCUACACCCAGGUCGGGCAGUGCGACUCAGACCUGCCCGUCAUCGCUGCCACUGGGGGCGAACCCAUGGCAACCAUGGUGGAGCCAGGACCCCAGAACACCAUCGUGGGGACUGGACCCCAGAACACCGUCGUGUGGGCUGGACCCCAGAACACCAUCGUGGGGGCUGGACCCCAGAACACCGUUGUGGGGGCUGGACCCCAGAACACCGUUGUGGGGGCUGGACCCCAGAACACCGUUGUGGGGGCUGGACCCCAGAACACCAUCGUGGGGGCUGGACCCCAGAACACCAUCGUGGAGCGCCGACCUGAGAACAGCAGUGUGGGAGUGCAGACGAGCCCCCAGAGUUCACUAAAGAGAAGAGGGAGCCCUCUGUCUACCGUUCGCCGACAAGCCCGAGACCCAGUUCUGGAACGAUCUGACAGAGAGGUACCUGAAACCAUUCCCAGAUGACGAGAAGAGGGAGACCAUCAAGAGUCUGAGAGAGCUAAGGAACAUGGCCACCUUCAUCUACUUCUUCGCCAACCUGCUGUGCCUGGUGGCGACCUUCACCCUGCAGCUGCUGAAGGGCACACUC